AUGGCCAACCUCCUCUCCUACCUCCCUCCCUUUGAGGGCCUUCUCCCCAAAUGGCUCUUCCUGGUCUCCGUCAUCUCCGCCGCCAACAGCAUCGGCGCCUACCGCUCAGUAGACUACGCCGCCCAGCUCUACAACGCCCACGCCCCGGACGGCCGCCCCACCACCAACCCGCUCUCCUCGCGCACCUUCGGUACCUGGACGUUCCUCUCCUCCGUCAUCCGCAUGUACGCCGCCUACCACAUCACCACCCCCGCGCUGUAUGACCUGGCCCUGUGGAGUUUCGGGAUCGCCUUCGUGCACUUUGUGGCCGAGUGGUUGGUUUUCGGGAGCGCGCAGCUCAAGGGCCGGUUUGUGAGCCCGUUGAUUGUGGCGUCGUCGACGUUGGCGUGGAUGGUGACGCAGAGGGAGGCGUAUUUGGCUAUGUAG